CUGAAGCACUAAUGUCACGUUACCUCGGAAGAAUAAAACGCUGUCUUUGUUUUUUAAUGACACGGAGAUAAGAUGAAAACCAGGAGAAAGAAAUCAUUCAGAGCCAUAAAGUACACGUUAUUUGUGUUUUGCUACAUCUUCUGGGUGUUCAGUGCUGUUCUAAUUGCUGUUGGAAUCUAUGCCAAAGUUGCCAAAGAGUCAGAUGUAGUGGACACGCUGAUGGCAGAUCCAGCGCUGCUGUUGAUCAUCGUGGGUUCUCUCAUGUUCACCAUCACGUUUUUUGGCUGUUUCGGAGCUCUGCGCAACAUCUCCUUGCUGCUCAACAUGUUUGUAGGAAUUUUGUUGGCCAUUCUGCUUCUUCAAGUAACAGCCGCUGUUCUGGGCCUUCUGUUCUCUGAAAAGGUUCAAGAGAGGACAGAGCAGCUGAUGAUGAAGGCGAUUGUACGCUAUCGUGAUGAUCAGGACCUGGAAAAUGUGAUUGAUUUUGUACAGAAAAAGUUCAAGUGCUGUGGCGUGGAUUCCUAUUUAGACUGGUCUAAAAACAUGUACUUCAACGCAUCUGACCAGAACCCCAGUCUGGAGGCCUAUGGAGUGCCCUUCUCCUGCUGCAUACGGCUAAAGAAUGAG